AUGAAGGUAGAGCGUAGGGGAACAUCCUUGGUUACGUGGGGAAUCCGUAAGCAAUCUUCCGGAAGUCUGCAGUUUGAAAUCAGUAUGUCCCCUACCCGACACACCCGAAGAGGCUCUAGAGGCGCCUAUCUUUUCAGAGUUCUGGAGGCUGUCAGUAUUUCUGGGCUUGUGGCUACAUCACUACUUGUAGCGUUCAAGGUGGUGCUGCUCGGGGAAGGCUGCGUGGGGAAGACGUCGCUGGUACUGCGCUACUGCGAGAACAAGUUCAACGACAAGCACAUCACCACUCUGCAGGCAUCUUUCUUAACAAAGAAGUUAAAUAUUGGUGGGAAAAGAGUAAACCUUGCCAUAUGGGACACAGCAGGUCAAGAGAGAUUUCAUGCAUUGGGUCCAAUUUACUACAGAGAUUCAAAUGGAGCCAUUUUAGUUUAUGAUAUAACAGAUGAAGAUUCUUUUCAGAAGGUAAAAAACUGGGUGAAAGAAUUACGGAAAAUGUUGGGAAAUGAAAUCUGUUUAUGUAUAGUUGGUAAUAAAAUUGAUUUGGAAAAGGAGAGACAUGUUUCCAUUCAAGAAGCAGAAUCGUAUGCAGAAUCUGUGGGAGCAAAGCAUUAUCAUACCUCAGCCAAACAGAACAAAGGAAUUGAGGAACUUUUUCUUGACCUUUGUAAAAGGAUGAUAGAAACAGCACAAGUGGAUGAGAGGGCAAAAGGCAAUGGCUCUAGUCAACCAGGAGCUGCAAGACGAGGUGUACAGAUUAUCGAUGAUGAACCUCAAGCUCAGAGUGGUGGUGGAGGGUGUUGUUCUUCUGGAUAACUGUUCACACCUAAGAAAUUGAAAAAACAAAACUGUGGAUCAUUGCCCUCAACGUGAAGACUGCCAUAUUUCAAGUCACAUUAUUUUACCAAUGGAGUUAUAGAAUUAACAGUAUUUUAAAUUACAUUUAUAACACUGCAGAGACCUUAAGUGCUAAACUUAGUGGAGUUUGUGACCAGAGAAUUGGCAUUUUCUACAAAUGUUAACAAAGCAAUUACCAAUGGCCUUUUUACAUAUUUUUUUCUUUAAUGAGAAAUAAUAUGCAUGUAGAAAAGACCUACUUAAAGGCUUCAUUUAUAUUCUUUUAAAUCAGAUCUUUAUUUAAUAACUUAUAUAUGUUGUUGGAAUGGUAUGCAUUUUUGCAGCCCUUUGUAUUUUGUGGUAGUUUGAAUUGUAUCUCUCCUAAACAGCAAACUGAUUUUGUUUUUGUUUUUAGUUAGCAGAUACCUGAAGUACUAUUUUUGCAGGGUUUG